AAUCAUCAUCUUUCCUCUAAGGAAAGAGACAAUCCUCUUUCAAUGAUUUUGUCUACAGAUCAAGACUCACCUAUAUAAUUUCUUAAACAAAUCCGAACCCAUCACCCAUUUCAAUACAAGAUCCAAAAGGGUGUAAACACAAUUUUUAUUCAACUUAACCCUUUCAAUCUUCCAUUUAAAUGUUCUUCACCCAUCACCCAUUAUUGGGUUUUGAGCUCUGAUUCUCUUUCUCUCGUCCAUUCAACAUGUGGGUUAUAGUUGGUGGACAUGAUUUAUGAAGUAGGGUUGUUCACUGUAAUUGGAAACUUUACCGAUUUGUCCGUACAUCACAGUACAUGACAACACCUACCUAGACUUGUUUUACUGCUUCAUGUCAGCUUGUUCUAAACCAAUUACAGUGUGAAUAGUGUUCUGUUCUCUUGAAUUGAAUCUAUUUUUAGUAUUUAUGAUGGGUUAUUUUCGUGAAGAAUGGUUGAUCAUGGGUUUUAGGGUUCCUUUCUGGUUUUGAUGCUAAUAGAUUUCUGCUGCAUUUGUGAAGAUGAUGGAAUCUGGAAAUGGGUUUUACUCAAUUGAUGAAUUUAAUUUGGAUUCCAAGUGGCUGAUUGAUCCUAAACAUCUCUUUGUUGGUCCUAGGAUUGGUGAAGGAGCUCAUGCUAAAGUCUAUGAAGGAAAAUAUAAGAAUCAAAGUGUUGCCAUAAAAAUAGUCCAUAGAGGAGAUACUCAAGAAGAGAUCUUGAAGAGAGAAACGCGAUUUGCAAGGGAAGUUGCUAUGUUAUCAAGAGUUCAACACAAAAAUCUGGCUAAGUUUAUUGGGGCGUGCAAUGAUCCGGUUAUGGUUAUAGUGACUGAACUUUUACUCGGUGGAACUUUACGCAAGUAUUUGCUUAACAUGCGUCCCAAUUCCUUGGAAACGCGUCUAGCUGUUGGCUUUGCACUUGACAUUGCUCGGGCAGUAGAAUGUUUGCAUUCUCAUGGGAUUAUUCAUCGCGAUCUCAAACCAGAAAACUUAAUCCUGACAGCUGAUGAGAAAACGAUUAAGCUUGUGGAUUUUGGUCUGGCAAGAGAAGAGUCAUUGACGGAAAUGAUGACUGCAGAAACCGGGACAUAUCGUUGGAUGGCACCGGAGUUAUACAGUACCGUUACAUUGAGACAUGGAGAGAAACAACAUUACAACCAUAAAGUAGAUGCUUAUAGUUUCGCCAUUGUUCUAUGGGAGCUUUUAUACAACAAGUUGCCUUUCGAAGGCAUGUCGAAUUUGCAAGCAGCCUACGCCGCCGCAUUCAAGAACGUGAGGCCUGGAUUGGACAACAUUCCUGAAGAACUAGCUUUAAUUCUUGAUUCGUGUUGGAAAGAAGAUCCUAAUCAACGGCCCAACUUUGGCCAAAUAGUUAGGAUGCUUCUAAAUUACCUAUCGAUGAUUUCGCCUCCCGUUAACGCGGUUCCUUCUAGGAUUUUUAUGACGGAGAACGCUGUUUUUUCACCGGAAUCGCCAGGGACGAGUUCUUUGAUCGGGUUAAGAAAUGGAGGUUCGGGUGAAACGCCUAGAGGUGAUGGUGAAGGGGAGAACCAACCUAGAAGUUCAUUCUUUUGUUUUAGCUUAUGUUGUUGAUUUGUUGACUCUUAUCCAUAAAAUUACUAAUUAACCUUGUCCAUUUCUAAAUAUAAUGUGCAUGUGUUUCCCUA